UUCUGAAUUGUUUAUCCUGACGUCAGUUAGCAAGGCUUGCGCUUGCCCCUGUGCCGCGCGGAAAGACUCUCCGCUGUUUCAAUUGGAAUUCAGGGAAUCGAUGGGCCGGAGUCAACAACUUCAAAACCAGUCCUUUCGGAGUCACUGAAAUGAUUUUCAUUCAUAUCCCAAACUGGACUAAAACGACAGAAUGAACACCUGUGCUUUACUGUUGAUUUUGGCUGUCCACAUCCAUGCCGAUGGCAAUGAAGGACCAACAGCAGUUGGGUGCACGUUUGACGAGGACUCCAAUCCCAGCCUGUGUGAGUACAGUCAAGGGGAGGAUGAUGACUUUGACUGGCAGCUCUUCCGGAGCCACGGCACCUCCCAUGCCUCCACAGACCUCCUCCGAGGGUCCUACUUGAUGGUGAACUCUUCCCAGCAUGCUCCAGGGCAGCGGGCCCAGCUGCUGUUGCAGACGCUGAGUGAGAACGACACACACUGCGUGCAGUUCAGCUUCUUCCUGUACAGCCGCGAUGGCCACAGCCCCGGGGCGCUGCGCGUGUACGUGCGCGUCAAUGGUGGUGUGCUUGGCCUGCCUGUCUGGAAUGUCUCCGGCUCCCAUGGACGCCAGUGGCACCAGGUGGAGCUAGCCGUUAGCAUGUUCUGGCCCAACGAGUAUCAGAUCUUGCUGGAGGCGAUCAUCUCUAAAGAACGCCAUGGUUACAUCGCCAUUGACGACAUCAUGAUACUGAAUUACCCUUGCUAUAAAGCUCCGCACUUCUCUCGACUGGGAGACAUGGAGGUCAAUGUCGGGCAGAAUGCCUCUUUCCAGUGUGUGGCAUCGGGGCGGCCUUCGGAAACAGAAACAUUUCUCCUGGAGCGACACAACGGGAAAGUGACGACCUCCACCUCGGUCAAGCACCUGAACUACCGGCGCUUUGUGGCCUCCUUCCAGCUGGACAACGUCCAGAAGCCGGAGCAGGACCUCUACCGCUGCGUGGCCCUCUCCCCCCGAGGCGCAGGGGUGUCUAACUUCGCCGAGCUCCUCGUCAAAGUUCCCCCAUCUCCCAUCGCACCCCCCCAGUUACUCAGAGCUGGCUCCACCUACCUGAUCAUCCAGCUCAACACCAACUCGAUCCUGGGCGACGGCCCCAUCAUCCGCCGCGAGAUCGAGUUCCGCGCCAGCCACCUGCCCUUCUCCGAGAUCAACGGCGUCAACAUGGUCACCUACAAGCUCUGGCACCUCGACCCAGACACUGAGUACCAGGUCAGCGUGAUGCUGACCCGGCCCGGGGAGGGCGGCACCGGCCCAUCUGGACCCCCACUCAUUAGCAGGACCAAGUGUGCAGAGCCCAUGCGUGCCCUGAGAGGCCUGACGGCCACAGAUAUCCAGCCCCGGCAGCUGACCCUGCAGUGGGAGACUCUGGCCUUCAACGUGACGCGCUGCCACACCUACUCCGUGUCGCUCUGCUUCCGCUACUCCACGGGCAACGCCGUUGGCGGCAGCACCGGGGCGGGCGCGGCCGCGGCCUCGACGGGCAUCAGCGGGGCCGGAGGCCACAACACCACGGUGCGCGAGUGCCUGGCCGUGGAACGCAACACCUCGCGCAUCACCCUGCGUGACCUGCCCCCGUACCACGCCGUCCACGUGCGUCUGUCGCUCGCCAACACGGAGGGCAAGAAGGAGGGACGUGAAAUGGGCUUUCAGACGGAGGAGGACAUUCCUGGCGGCAUUGCCCCUGAGUCCCUGACUUUCACGCCAUUGGAGGACAUGAUUUUUAUGAAGUGGGAGGAGCCAGUGGAACCCAAUGGUCUUAUCACUCAAUAUGAGAUCAGCUACCAGAGCAUCGAGUCGACCGACCCAAGUGUCAAUGUGCCGGGCCCAAGGCGCACGGUGUCCAAACUGAGGAACGAGACGUACCACAUGUUCUCCAACCUCCAUCCAGGAACCACGUACCUGAUCUCAGUGAGAGCCCGCACGGCCAAAGGUUUCGGCCAGACAGCCCUUACUGAGAUUACCACCAACAUCUCUGCUCCCACCUUUGACUAUGGGGACAUGCCCUCUCCACUGAGUGAGACUGAGAGCACUAUCACUGUACUGCUGCGGCCAGCUCAAGGCAGAGGAGCUCCAGUCAGCACCUACCAGGUGGUGGUCGAGGAGGAGAGUGGCCGGAGGGUGAGGCGUGAGCUGGGCCCACAGGAGUGCUUCCCCCUGCCCACCUCUCACAGCGAGGCUCAGGCGCGCGGGGCCCCCCACUACUACACGGCCGAGCUGCCCCCCAGCAACCUCACCGAGGCGCGCUACUUCACCGUCGGCGACAACCACACUUUCAACGGCUACUGGAACGCGCCCCUCGACCCCAGGAAGAACUACAUCAUCUACUUCCAGGCCAUGAGCAACUUCAGAGGGGAUACCAGGAUCAACUGCGUCCGCAUUGCCCGCAAAGCUGCGUGUAAAGACCACCGGCGGGCCCUGGAGGUGUCCCAGCACUCCGAGGAGAUGGGCCUGAUCCUGGGGGUGUGUGCCGGGGGCCUGGUGGUGCUCAUCUUGCUGCUGGGCGCCAUCAUCAUCAUAAUAAAGAAAGGAAGAGACUACUACUCUUACUCUUAUUAUCCUAGGAAGCCAGGCACCAUGAAUAAGACCCCCAUCACCUACCGUCAGGAGAAGAACCACAUGAUGGGUUCCAUGGAGCGCAGCUUCACCGACCAGAGCACGCUGCAGGAGGACGAGCGCAUGGCCCUGUCCUUCAUGGACGCGCACACAUGCAGCACGCGCAGUGAUCCUCGCAGCUCGAUGAACGAGUCCAGCAGCCUGCUGGGGGGGUCUCCGCGGCGACAGUGUGGUGGGCGUAAGGGCUCCCCCUACCACACGGGGCAACUCCACCCGGCAGUACGCGUGGCCGACCUCCUGCAGCACAUCAACCAGAUGAAGACGGCCGAGGGCUACGGCUUCAAGCAGGAGUAUGAGAGUUUUUUCGAGGGCUGGGACGUAACCAAGAAGAAGGACAAGACCAAAGGCAGACAAGACACCUUAAUGGGCUAUGACCGCCACAGGGUGAAGCUUCAUCCACUGCUCGGAGACCCCAACUCAGACUACAUCAAUGCCAACUACAUUGACAUUCGGAUAAACAGGGAAGGCUACCAUCGAUCCAACCACUUCAUCGCCACUCAGGUUCUCUGUUCAGGACCCAAGCAGGAGACGGUGUAUGACUUCUGGAGGAUGGUGUGGCAGGAGAACUGUUUCAGCAUUGUCAUGAUCACCAAGCUGGUGGAGGUGGGCAGGGUAAAGUGCUGUAAGUACUGGCCUGAUGACAGUGAGCUGUAUGGGGACAUUAAGAUCACACUCCUGAAGACUGAGACCCUGGCCGAAUACACUGUGCGCACCUUCAGUCUGGAGAGGAGGGGCUACUCUGCCAAACAUGAGGUGCGACAGUUCCACUUCACCUCCUGGCCGGAGCACGGCGUGCCCUACCACGCCACUGGCCUGCUGGCCUUCAUCAGGCGGGUCAAAGCCUCCACGCCACCCGAUGCUGGGCCUGUGGUGGUGCACUGCAGCAUGGGUGCUGGCCGCACUGGCUGCUACAUCGUGCUGGAUGUGAUGCUGGACAUGGCAGAGUGUGAAGGAGUUGUGGACAUUUAUAACUGUGUCAAAACACUCUGCUCACGUCGCAUCAAUAUGAUACAGACCGAGGAGCAGUACGUGUUCAUCCACGACGCCAUCCUGGAGGCCUGCCUGUGUGGAGAGACGGCCAUCCUGGUGAACGAGUUUGCCCCCACCUACAAGGAGAUGCUGCGGGUGGACUCCCAGAGCAACUCGUCCCAGCUCCGUGAGGAGUUCCAGACUCUGAACUCUGUGACGCCUCACCUGGACGUGGAGGAGUGCAGCAUCGCGCUGUUGCCACGCAACCGUGAGAAGAACCGCAGCAUGGACGUGCUGCCUCCGGACCGCGCGCUGGCCUUCCUGGUGACCACCGAGGGCGAGAGCAACAACUACAUCAACGCCGCGCUGGCCGACAGCUUCCACCAGCAGGCCGCCUUCAUCGUCACGCCGCACCCACUGCCCGGCACUACCGCCGACUUCUGGAGGCUGGUGUUCGACUACGGAUGCACCUCCGUGGUCAUGCUCAAUCAGCUUAACCAGUCCAAUUCUGCCUGGCCGUGUGUGCAGUAUUGGCCAGAGCCGGACAUGCAGCAGUACGGCCCCAUGCAGGUGGAGUUUCUCUCUGUGUCCGCGGACGAUGAUGUCAUCACGCGUGUCUUCCGUGUGAAAAACGUUACAAGGCUGCAGGAAGGCCAGCUGGUGGUGUGCCAGUUCCAGUUCCUGCGCUGGUCUGCGUACCGAGACGUCCCCGACUCCAAGAAGUCCUUCCUCAACCUGCUGGCACAUGUGCACAAGUGGCAGAGGGAGUGUGGAGACGGGCGCACUGUCGUCCACUGCCUGAAUGGCGGAGGGCGCUGUGGUACCUUCUGCGCCUCAACCAUCCUGCUGGAGAUGAUCCAGUACCAGAACAUGGUAGACGUGUUCUACGCCGUCAAGACGCUGCGCAACGCCAAGCCCAACAUGGUGGAAUCUCUGGACCAGUACCGGUUCUGCUAUGACCUGGUGCUGGAGUACCUGGACUGCAUGGAGGUGAGAUAGCAGCCAGGGCGAUUGCACGUGCAGUGGAUGGGGACUGCUCUCUCUGACCCCCAGCCCCACCCCAACCCCCCAUCCGUAUACUGCCACUCUGCUUGGUUCACCGGGUCUACCUGCUACCAAGAACACAGACAGAAGAGAAGUCCAAUGAAUUAUCAAUGAUGACCGAAUCAAAAAAAAAAAAAAAAAAACAGAAAAGGCAGAGUUUUUCACCUUCCUGACCUUUAAAAAAAGGCUUUCUUUUUGUUUAGUUUUCUUGCUGCGGUUUCUGAGUCCCCGGAUCAGCCCACCCUCGCUCCCCAAGUCUUUAGUGUUUCUGUUCUGCUCUGUGUGUCCAGUGUUGUUGGUGUUGAGGUACCGGGUGCAGGUGUGUGUCUCUGCGGCACACACACUCAUCCUGAGGCUUUAGGCUUAAACAUGGUGAAGACGAGUGUGACCAGAAUCAGCACACCUCCGCUAAACACACCACUCGCAUUUCCAUGCUGGAAGUGUUUCAUUUUUCUACCUGGUGAGGAGGUAAAUACACCAUCAUGUGAAAACGUUUAGUCUGGACUCACACUUGAUAUACCAGCGGCAGUUUUCUCCAUGGUUUAAGAAGCCUGUACCAUGUCUCAAAACUCAGCCUUACUCUAUGUUAUUCAAGAUACAACGGAGCUAUCUGGGAGAGAAAACAUAUUACAAAUAAACAAACACACACACACACACACACGCACACACACACACACACACACACACACACACACACAACUCAAGUAAACGUACAUGGUCACUCUCAGACGUGCAAACGCAGGUUCGAAUUGCCUGCAUCAAAGGCAUUGGCUAAUUUACCAACAGCCUGCCAGACAUUUGGCUCCUGUCAAGCAGACCUACUCCUGCAACAUCCUCGCAUUUGUGCGAAGCAGAGAAUCUUCAUAUCGAACCAUGCGUUGUGUGUUUGAGUUCUUCUUUUGUUUUGAUUUCACGUGACACUAUUUGUGGUACAGUCUUUAAUACCGACUAACUUGGAGGAGCCCAGGUACCGCUGCUGUGAUGGAGGGCUUGCUAGUCACUAUGUGCCAGCCUCACAGACGUCUUGGAGACAGGCCACGGGCCACGGGCCAUGGUAUCGCCUUGGCUUCUGAAGCCUGCGCCAGUCUGCUCUCUUCUCCUCCCUAAGUGUGCUGUACAUAGAUAUAGCAUCUGCAGAUUAUCUUGUCUCGGAAAGUGCUAUCCCAUCUCUUGUGUGCGAGAUGUGUAAAGACUGCCUACAGUUUGCUCCUCACCGGCAUGCCAGUGUUUACGUUGUGCAAGUGUAUUACUCUAUGACCCCUGUAUGUGCUGAUGCAAUGGUCCUUGAAGAGAGACUUUGAGGAGCUUUACAGUGUUUAUUUGUUAAUUCGAAAUUAUACAGUAACUAAAGGGGUACUGGAAAUAAAGGAAGUAGUAAAAAAAAAGAAAAAACGCUAAAGGAUUUUGCCAAUUUGUAACUAUUUAUCAUUGAACUGAACUUGUGUUGUUGAGUGGAUGCUUCAUUUUGUAUCUUAUUUUUGGUUUGUUUUUUGUAAUUUGUUUUUUUUUAAUGGUGGAUCAAAGAGUAAAUGUGAUAUCAGAUAAAUGUUCGUGCUCAAGACCAAUUUCAUGGGUCAGGUACUCUUAUCCAUCCUUUUGCCAUUUCCAUGACAAAUUUAAGUCACCCCUGAUACUGUCCUCUGUGGCACUACUCUUUACAGGGUGACAUUAAUGACAUGCAAUUUCUCCUAUUUGCCCCAUAUGACAGAUGACAUGACAUCAAGAGAGAGUCAGCUAGUAGUCUGAAGUCUAACAAAAAGCCAGUGGGAGUUUGUGAGACUAAUGGCCCAUUCUCCAACUCUAGCUGUGUUAGACUCUCUUACCUCCCACAGUGACAUAACAGCCAGUAGACAGAAAGUUUCCCACAAACUUUCCUACUUGCAGCCAUAGAAAUUAUGCAGAAAUUAUGCGGAAUUUCUGCAACAUGUCAGUAGAAGUUGCCAGGGAAAAUCCUGUAACGUCAACAGAUAUGUGUAUCCAAAGCAGGGCUUAAACUGCAGCUGAAGUAGGUUCAGAUAGUCUGCACUUAACAUGGUGUUUAAAACUUUAAGUUUUAUAUCUUCAGUCUCUCGUGACUGCCAUAGGCUGACUAUGUCAGAAGGAUUUACCAGAACUUAAGUGGCAGAGAGAAGCGGCUCACUGCAUCUACCAGACUGAAAUGAGAGUGUGUUUUUAAGAGGUCCAGCUGAAGGAUAGUGGCACUGAGUCUUACUGUGGCACUGACUGAGAUCCCAUCAGUGCAGGGGAAUGGACCAGUCAGCUCAAGGUUUUUAUCUACACACAGUACCCCCCCCUUUCCCUCAGAGCCUCUCAAAGCAGUGAGAAAGUGCCUGGACACUCGCAUUGAGGUUUGUGUGUGUACAUAUAGAUGUAUAUUUAUGUUAUGUGAAUACUCUGUGAAUAGUCAUGAAAACAAAAAAGAAAAGUAUUUAGGUUUUUGUUUUGGCCAGCGAUAACCACAACUGAGAUAACCGCGAUAGCUGAAUGUACUGUAUGUGAGCAUCCAUCUGGUUAAGAUGUCAGAUCGCCGAGACCAUUCAUCUCUUCAGCUGACUGGUUGGUUGCUUGGUAACUGAGAAGCAUUCCAAAGCACCCCCCAGCCCACCCCAUCCCCCCCAAGAGAAACUAUACAUCUCUCGCUAUGCCAGUAUGAAAAAUUCCAAAUAUAAUACGCUCUCCUACUGCUGAUGAAUUUAGCCUUUAUCAUUCCAAAGACAUGCUUUGUGUUCGGAUUUUUCAUGUUUUUCUUUUAUUGUAGGUCUGUAACAUUGAUAAUAUCCAACUGUAUUUUAACAUAACUAGGACAGUAUGAGCUCAAAACAAAUGUUGCCAUUUCAAAAUAGACAUCAUCGCACACUCGCGUUCCUGCAGUUGCUGUCUGAAUGGGCCACACGAUGUUCUUUGGUUUUUUUGUUGUACGAUUCUUUCUUGGUUUUCUGUUUUUCCUAAGUGUUUCUGUAAGAUACUGAUCAAACUGAAAACAACUACAGUGUUUUUGACCAUGUAUUAGUAGGAAUAGGGAUGGGAGAGUUUUAUCUGAUCAAAGACAUUGCCAACCACAGGGUUGGAGGCAUUUUUGUCCUUGAAAUUAUGAUUAAACUGUGAAUAAAACAUGUUCUGAGAUCA